AUGGCUGAGCCUAACACAGUAGAAGAACUACUCGAGAAGGAAGUCAAAGAAAAAUUCAUGAUCGGCCCAUUUUUCCAUCCCCCCUUCCCCACCUUCAGAAUAAGCCCCAUCGGCGUAGCUACUCGAAAAUAUUCAGGAAAAAAGAGACUCAUAAUCGACCUUUCAUCUCCUCACGGCUCCUCCACCCCCAGCAUCAACAGUUUAAUACCAAGUCUUGACUUCUCCAUGCAUUAUUCCACCAUUGAUCAUGCCAUCUCCCUCAUCCACCUUGCUGGUCAAGGAGCCUGGCUGUCUAAAGCAGACAUUACCAGUGCCUUCAAAGUGCUUCCCAUUCAUCCUGACUUCUGGCACCUCUUUGGAGUGAGAUGGAAGGGAGCUUACUACUUUGCCGUUCGUCUGACUUUCGGGUGCAAAAGCAGCCCAAAAAUCUUUGAUUCCCUUUCAGAAGCUCUGGAUUGCUGGAUUCUCUUAAAGAAGCACAAACUCCCCUACAUCAUUCACCUCCUUGAUGACUUUCUUACCGUUACACCACCUUCCUCUUCUCCUUUUCAUGGCCUUAACGUGCUCUCCUCCUCCUUCAAAGAACUGGGAGUCCCACUUUCACUUGAGAAAACUCAAGGCCCCAGCACUUCCCUAGAGUUCCUAGGCAUCACUCUUGACUCAGUCUCAUUUCAGGCUUCUCUGCCCUUAGAGAAAAUCCACAGAAUUUCCUUACUGAUCUCAAACUUCACCCUGGCUAACAGAUGCACCAAACGCCAGCUCCUCUCUCUACUAGGCCAUCUCAACUAUGCCAUUCGCAUCAUUCCCCAAGGUCGAUCCUUCUUAUCGCAUCUCCUUGCCAUUGCAGCAUCCAUCCCAUCCCUACAUGGUCACAUCUCACUUGACAAGUCCUGCAAAAUGGAACUUAAACUAUGGCAGCAGUUCCUUUCAUCUUGGAACGGAAUCUCCUUCUUCUAUGACGACUACAUCUCAAAGCCAGAGGACAUUCAACUCUUCACUGAUGCAGCUCCCUCCAUAGGCUUCGGCAGCUACUUUAAUGGCAAGUGGUUUUCCGCUGAAUGGCCCCCAGAGUUCUUGGCCUUCACUUCAUCUUCCACAAUCCAUGAAAUGUACCUGGGCAUCAUCGCAGCCAUCCUUUGGGGGCAACAGUGGUCAAAAAAGACCAUAGCCAUCUAUUCAGACAACCAAGCAGUAGUUGACAUCAUCAACAAGGGAAGGUCUCACAGUCUUGAGAUCGUGCAGUUCAUGCAAAAGCUUACUCUGAUUUCCAUCCAACACGAAUUAAUCUUGAAAGCCUUCCACAUUCCUGGCCACUGUAACGCCAUUGCCGGUUCUCUGUCCCGUUUCUCAUUUCAGAAAUUCAAGCUAUUAGCUCCAGACUCGGAUCCUUACCCCACGCCAAUCCCUCCGUUCUCGGACACCAUCUUCAACUGA